CUCAGUGCCAGCGGCUGCAACGGCGCCGUUCCUAUGCACAAACCCAGGUGAACUGUAACCAUGGCGCCCACGGAGAACAGCGAGGCCGGUCCCUGGGACAAGGAAACGAAGCAGAAGUUUGAGGACAAGGACCGAAGCGAGUUCCUUGACCCUUGCCAGGAGGCAGCCGCGCGGAGCAUCCGGUGUUUGCAUCGAAACGCUGGGGACAGACAGAUGUGCUCAGAUUACUUCCAGGCAUACAGGGACUGCAAGAAGGCCUGGAUCGAGAGGAGAAAGCUAGAGAAGAAGGGGAUCCUGUUUUGAUACCCAGGUUUCU